AUGAAAAAUCGAUUUCGAAAGACUCAUACCAUUAUUGAUCAAAUUGACGGAAUCAAAGAAACAGACAACUAAACACUUAAGAAUCAAAGAAAUAUUCUGAUUACUAUCAUCAUCUAACAUCUUUUUGUACUGUGGACAUGCAUCUAUGGAUAUACAUAUAUCUAUUAGAUGUAUUUAGAAUUGUAUUUAAAGUAUAAGAUAACCACAAUGGUGGUGAUUAUAGUUAUACUUUUAAAUUCGGAUCUCUUUAAACACAAACUCAAAAAAUAGCCAUUUAGGUAAUGAAACCAAAAUUUUAAUAGUUUAAUUCUCUAUGUAUCAUUUACAUUGAGUUUGAGCUUUUUAUUUGUUAUUUAUGACUCAAAUAAGGAUGUGUAACUAUUGUUAUAUUCUAAUAUUUUUCCGAUAUUAGGAUUGAUAGUAUGUUCGAUAUUUUAAGAGAAUGAAUUUGAAUACUCAAGUGCUUUCACAUGGGUCUUAUUCUCGUAAAUGACUUUCAUUACCUGCGUGAUCUUUUUAAUGGGUACAGCUUUUGAGGAUGCCUUAAUAUGCUCGAGUAUUUCGUUUGCUUAUGUCUGUAUUCUCAUUUACUAGUUUAAAGUAUGAAUUAGCAUUUAGAUAGACUGACAUUUUGUAUGAAAUUGAAGAAUAUCCUUUAAUAGCAUGUUUGAAUAGUUAUACAUAGAUCUUUAAAUUAUUGUUUAUUUUAAUAGAGGCAAUAUCAGGAGAAUACAGUAUUUGA